UUUGACAGCGGUCUUUAUCAGUGAGAGCCAGCUGGCAGUAGCACACACUCUGAGAGCAACUGUAAAAAACAGAGUCAUCUCCCGAAGACGCGACACACUGAAGUGAUUAGGAACCAUGAAGAAGUUUCUGCUCAUGUGUCUGCUCCUCUUGUUUGGAGGUCAAAGGUCCUCCGCCUGUCCCCAUCUCUGCUCCUGUCACAGCAGCCAGGUGGACUGCAGCAGCAGAUCUCUCACAGCUUCUUCGCUGCCUUCCAGUUUCUCUGCUGGGACCUCCGAGCUCCGUCUCCACAAUAACCUGCUGACCACACUCCCUAACGGGCUCCUGGACGAUCUGACCUCCCUCCGCUCCGUCUCUCUUCACGGUAACCCCUGGGCGUGUGACUGCGGCAUCCUCUAUCUGCGAGCCUGGCUGCUGCGCCAACCUGCUGGCAGCACAUCACACGUGGGCGUCAACUGCAGCUCCCCACCCAAACUGAGAGGUCGGCUGGUGGCGUAUUUAACUGAGCAGGAGGUGCUGGACUCCUGCCACUACUGGUACUGUGACCUGGCUUUGGCCUCGCAGGUGUGUCUGCUUGUAUUUGUGGUCGUGCAGGCGGCUCUGCUCGUGGCUCUCAUCUUCUUCCUCAAGAGGUUUGAGAAGGUGUCUAAAGAAGCAAAGAGAAUAACAGAGGAGAGCUUUACCCCCGCGGAUGGUCAGAGGGAGAAUGAGUACAUGCCUUUAAAGCCGUGAUGUGCGAAGGGCUGAUCAGCAUUUGAACACCAGGGAUGAAACCUCUGUUACUGUGAUUUUAAGUUCAGGUGACGAGUUGAAGGAGUAACCUGAAAAUAAAUAUAUUCAGAUAUGUAGAAACAUAAAUAUAUUAAACACACCAAGUUUCAGCUUCGUUUCAGGAGAGCACUCGUGAGGAAGAUUUUAGAUCUGAAAGGCUUUGAUAUAGUUUUUCCCUUUAAUUUGUCACAUGUCCAGUUGCAGACCACAGUAGACCACUGUAAAAUAAACUAAAUAAAAACAAAGAUUAUUUUAUCUGAGAGUAAAUAAACUAAGGUGUUAAUAAUAUCAUUGCGUUUGCUCUUUACACGUAUCUGAUCAAAUGAUGUAUGAAACCUGAUUUAUCUACAAAAUGUUAUUUAAAAAUAAUAUUUUAUGAUUUUUAAAUAAAAUAAUAAUCCAUGUGUUGUUAUUAUCUGGAUUUAAGCAUAAUUGAAGACCAAAUGAAGGGCAGAUAUGUUGUUUGUAUCUGUUUAGGGCAAUUUCGUGUUGUUUAUUCUUUUGAGUGUUAUUUUAGGAUAAAUCUCAUGAUGUCUUUUGCCAUUUUACAUUCAUACAGUGUGUAAUUUGUAAGAAAACAAAGCAAAACAAAUUAUUCUGAUUGAUGUUUUGUCAUAUUUGUGUAACUUUUAAGCACAAAACAAAUGG